CCCACACAGUUCUGUCUCUGAAAGCCUUUUUGUAGACUCAAACAGUGUGGUCCUUGUUUCUGACUUAUUUAUUCCACUUCCAUAUAAUUUCUUGUGGGGCUGGGCUGCUGAUAAUAUUGAAAGGCAGGGUAGUAAAUGAUGUGAAGUCUUAAGCAGUACUGUCUGCAGGGUAUGUCAUUCUUGAAAUAUGUCCACUAGCAGGCCUACAGAUCCUGUUUUCCAGAUGCGUGUUGCGCAACACUUCAUGUGUCUCCUCCUGUAGGCGCUCAGGCACAUUUUGACAUGUUUAUUCCUUGGCAGAAGUCUGAGUGUGGUUUCCCCCUCUGAUGUGUCCUCAGUCUUGGCAGGUCGUCAGAUUUGUGAAUUUCGGAGCUCACUUUGCAGCCGAGGACCAGGGGAACAAACAUGAAAGAGAGGCGUGAGCGUUUCCCCGCGUGGAAAGUGUUGCUGGUCAGUACGUGUGUGCUGCUACCGCUCCUGAGCUGCGCAGCUGUCGUGUUCCUGCUGGUUCAGCACCGAGGGCUGGCGGAGGAGCUGGUCCGGAUGGAGUCCCAGAUGCAGGAGCUGUCAGAGAGCUGCAGGCUGCGAGCCGCGCUCCUGCCAGAGGAGCUCCUGGAGGCCGGAGAGCUGAGGAAGCUCCGCCGCAGCAGACGCAACCAGGAGGAGGAUCUGAGCCAACACCAGGACCGGGACAAUCUGAUGCUCAUGACAUACUCUGUGUUUCCAGUCAAAGCUUUUAUGGAUCUGUGUAACAACUCUCGAGGAAUUUGUUUAAUAGGUCCACCCGGACCUCCAGGUUUGCCUGGCAAACCGGGCCCACCAGGACCACGAGGGGAACCAGGUCCCAGUGGCAGACGAGGAAAACGAGGUUUUCCUGGUCCUGCCUGUUGUGCCACUGAUGUGAGCCACACAACCAUCAGAAGACGUGUUAAUUGCACCAACGUUUCAAAUGAAAUACCUGCAGUAAGCUCAAGUAGCGACAGUGAUGCCUUUAAUGUCAGCAGAAAUGUCACUGAAAGCACCACGACAGAAGAAUUGGUAUCACCCCUUCCAGAUUAUGCCUGGACUGAAACCAGCUCAGUAACAAUGGAAAAUAAGGAUUUAUUAACAGCUGGACCAACACCAAACCCAGACCAUGGAGGCGGGGCUCUGUUAAACGUCACUGACUGGGAGACGCUUCGGCUCUUUAAACCCGAAUCACAAACGCCUCAUUCAGCUGAAAACACCAGCGAUCACCUGAAUGAUACCAACUCAGAGGAACAUCUGGACUCAGAAACUGUCUCUGUAUCCAACACUGGAAACGAGACAGAGGGGCUGAUAAAUACGUUAUCAGUUCUACUGGAUCAACACCAGAACAGUGAUGUCUUCAAUGACAGCAGAGAUGAUAUUGAAUCAAGCCUAAAUAAAGAGCCACCAACUCCACCCUCACAUGAGAUCAACAAUACUUUUAAUGUUUAUGAUUUUCUCCAUAGUCUAAAUUCAAAACCAGAACCGGGACCAGAAGAUUGGUAUGAAAAUGUUGAUUAUGAUGUCUUGAAAGGCUUAAACACAGAAAAUGUUACAGAGGCUCUGAAGACAUUAUUACCAGUUCUCCUAGAUUUCCUCCAGAAUCUGGAUUCCUUCAGGGACAUCCGAGAAAUUAUAAAAUCAAACCUGCAAAGUGGAUCAGAGGAUUUUUAUGAGGAUCUCAUUCAAGGCAGUUUGAAUGACUUAAACACAGAAAAUGUGACAAAGGAACUCGUAAAGUUUUUACCAGUUCUCUUGGAUCUUAUCCAAAACAGUGAUGCCUUCAGGAACAUCAGAGACUUCAUAAACUCAAGCCUGCAAAAUGGACAAGAAAUUUUCAAUGAAGAUGUCAUUUAUGGCAUCCUGAAGAACUUAAAUGCAGAAAAUGUUUCAGAGGGACUCGAAAAUUUAUCAGUUCUGCUGAACAGCCUCCAGAACAGUGAUGCUUUCAACGACAGCAGAGAUAUUAUUCAAUCAAGCACAAGUGAGCCACCACCUCUACAGUCAGCUAAAGGGACUACAGAUGUUUUUAAUGUUUCUGACUCCAACAAUCAACUUUAUGCAGAAAUGGAACUUGAGUAUCUUCCUGAAAAUGUCAGCCUUGGCAUCUUGAAUAGUUUGGAUCCUGAAGAUGUUACAGAGGAACCAGUAAAAUAUUUACCAGGCCAACAUGAAGCAGACCUCUCCAGCAGUGCCCUCAGUAGCAACAGAACUGUGAAUAAAUCAUCUUUAAAGAAUGAGUCACCUCUACCAGAUGGAAACAACAAAGAUACUUUUCACAUGAAUGACUCCAAGAAGCAUCAAAACAGAAAAAAACAACCUGUCUCUGCAUCUGAAGUGGGUCAAAGGAAGAAAACUUCAAACACCAGUGGGAGCGAUUCUAACAAACAAAUGAAAAGUGACUCUUCAGAUCAGUCGCAGACCUACAAUACAAUCCGUGUAACCACAGCUGAAAAGCGGACAAGAACUGAAUGCAACAUUAAAGCCUUUAAAUGUUCGGAAAGUUCCACCAAAGUGGAAAACACGUACGGAGCCUGGAUGUCGGAUGCGUCGCGGCUGGAAGACGGUCGAGUCUGGUUGGCCGAACACUUUUCAGGUCGACAUUUGCACGAGUUUGAGAACAUCUCCGAAUUUCCGAAUGGACACUACAAAGUUAUAGAUCUCAUGAAGUUCUAUCAUGGCUGUGGUCAUGUUAUUUAUAAAGGAUCGUUUUACUUUCAUAAUGGAGGAACAAACCAGCUUGUAAAGUUUGUCUUAAAGUCGAGGAGAACAACCACGCUGACCAUGCCUUACAGCCGAUAUCGCAACCUGACUUAUCCCUUCGAGAACUCAAAGACGUAUUUCAAGUUCGCUGUGGAUGAAAACGGCCUGUGGGUGAUCUUUGCCUCGGACGUGAAUGACAACACCAUGGUGGCAAAGCUUGACCCGGACGACUUCUCUGUGGAGUCCAUCGUUGACACGGCCUUCCCCACAGCUAAAGCAGGGAAUGCUUUCAUCGUGUGCGGCGUGCUGUACGUUACAGAUCGUACGGACAAGAGAGUGACGUACGCCUUCGACUUAAAGACGCACGAACUUGUGGAUGCAAGCUUGAAUUUAAGACAAGCUAAUGGCACCAUGGCUAUGCUGUCCUACUAUCACCAAAGAAAUCUUUUGUACAUGUGGAACGACAGAAGCGUGAGCACCUGCAGAGUUAAAUUCAAACACAUCUAGAAAAGAAAGUUCAACUUUAUAAAUAUUAAACCAUUGUACACGUCAUCAGUUUUUUAUGUUUUUAGACUUAAAUCUGCUGUUUUUUGUUCGUUUUGUUGCAAUAUCUACUGCCUUAAACAAAUUGAUCAGUUUGAUCCAUUACUGACAGAUAAAUGUGUCUCAAACAAAUUUCACUUCCCAUGUAGCAAAAGCUGGUCCAGUUCUGGCCCACACAAGGCACCAACAUUUGGCCCACAGGCUACGCAUAAAGAAUAGUUUGGUGGCCCAGAUGUAGUUUGCCAGAGGUGGUCCAUGCAUGGGUCAGCACCUCAUAAACUAAACAACUGGGCCAGUAAUGGCAUGCCAUCUUAAAAACAGUGCCACCAUUGCCAGACCUGGCCCACAUCCUGUUGACAAACCACUUAUAAUGCCAGCCUGACCAGAUCUGGCCCAUGUCUGUCUGCUAUAUGGGUACAUUCAGGUUCAAAAAAGUAAAAAUCUGCUUUUUAAACUGUACAAAUAUUGUAAAUAAAAAGGUUAGUAAAGAUGAA